AUGAGUGACGAUUCCCGAAGUUUGGACGAUCGGCUUACCGAGGAGGUGGCCCAGCUUCUGACCAAGUUGGUCACUGCCGUAGCUAAACAGCUGGAGCUCGAGGAGAAAUUACUCGUAGUAAGACGAGAAAAUGUGCGGUUGAAGGAACGACAGGCGGCACUCGAUGGCAUAGAAACCCAGUAUAACGAGUUGAAAACGAAACUCGGAGCCAUGCAAGUGGACUACGAUAAGAACAAGAAGAUCAAGGAAGAAGCUGAGGCCGAAAACAGCCGUCUUCUGGCCGAGGUCGAAGACUUGACGGCGUCGUUGUUUGACGAAGCAAACAAGAUGGUAAGUGACGCUUCUAGGCUUACCGAUAACUACAAGAUCAAAAACGGCAAGUUGCAAGAGGAGCUCCAUGAGAAAGAUGUAAUUAUAGAGGAUCUCCAGGCGCAACUUCAGGACCUUAAACAGCUUUUUGUGCGGAUCGAAGAAGAACAGAAGAACAAGUCUCAGACCGGGACACCUGCAAUCGAGCAGAUUGGGUUUGCUUCUGAGGAGGGAAGGGAUGAAGAUGAAAGCCACAGACAACAGUUACUUGCGGCACCAAUCUUUGCUCCCAAAAUCGAGGCGGUACGGUUUGACCUUGACCAGUACCAGUAUGACUUUAAAAGUUUUAUCUAUGCUGUGAUCAAACCAACGUUCACGUUCGACUUGACGAACCUCAGAACGUUGAAAUACUUCAAGAAAAUCUGGACGGAAGAACUAGAGAACAGCAUUUCGCAUAUUCCACCUAUUGCCAAUUCUACAUUCAUCAACCGUUGGCAAAAGGGCAAGAACUUUUGGUCCUUGAUUGUUGAGGGAAAAGCUGUCAUUGAGCCCAUCAAGAGCGUGAAUGAAACCUACAAGAUUACAUACAGAGGUAAAACGCCAAAAGAUGCCCCUGUGGCUACCAGAGAACCUUGCACUUUUUGCGGUGAGAGCCGUGAUGACAUUCUUGAACAUGCACGGCUCUACUCUUUCAAGCUUCUUGCUCCAGACUUAAGCAGCACGUCUUUGACCGAGAAUGAACCUGUGGCUAGCUACCCUCUAUGCACCUUCUGUCUUAUAAAGCUCCGAAACAUCUGUGAGUUUUUCGCCAAGCUUCGGAGUAUUCACAGCAACAUCUUCAAGUUGAAGCAAAACCAUCUGUUCGAGGAGUACACGGCACCACUAAACUUUCAGUUUAAACGUCAAAGCGUCGAUGCUGAUGCUUCCGAUCACCUGAAAGAGCGAAAAGAGGUGGUAUUGGAGCCUGAAGAAGAGGCCAAACUCAUCAAAUUGUACAUUAUUCUCACCCAGAUUCGAAGCCGUAUUUUUUGGAGCAAAAUAGGACUCUGGGACCAUGAAGGGGUGAUCACAGAAUCGGUAAUUGAUGAGAUUCCUCAUGAUGUCUUUGGAUACUUGGGACGCAAGUAUGAGGGUGAGAAAGCAGAACCAGAGAGAGAAAAGGGACAUGUUCCUCAAAAUACAGUGGAAACUGGAGAAGAAGCAGUUGAAACAGAGGCCACAGAAGACGCUACGACCACCAAAAAUAUCGAAGAUAUCACUGAAACAGGAGAAGCUACAGCUCAAUCUCCAGUGAGAACAUCGACGGAAAGUUCUACGGCUCCAACGCAAACUUCAUCAACUUCUGUUGCUGAUCGCGUGCUUGACGUGGAGGCACAGAGCACAAGUGACACUAAAUCCAGUAAUUCUGCUCAUUCCCAAGCAGAUACCAGCACCAAUAGCGAAGUCGAUGAGUUCGCAGAUGCCAAUGAAUCGCAAGAGGUCGAACCCAAAUCGCUUUCCAGACGUCUUUCGUCCAAGCAGCGCAAGAAGAAGAUCUCAAAGGACCUCAAUAGUACCAUUCAAAUGCUCCAGGAGAGUAUAGAGUGA